AAAUUAGACAACCUCUAGAGGCUCACAUGGUGCAACGGCGUAUCGGUUCUGUAAAGCGAUUUGCUUUGUGAGAUUAACGUGUGGCACUGGCGUGUGGUUCGGUGUCGGUGUGAUUCUGUUUGAUAAGAAAAGCUGCAAGCGUUUCGGGCGUCCCGCGUCCUGUGCCUGCGUAGGCUCUGUGGAGACCGAAGGAUCGCAAAGAUGUCGAAGAGAGGAAAGAAGGCCGAAGACGGAACUGGAGAUGUGGAUCAGGACAACGGCGCAGCUCCAGACACCAAGAAAGCCAAGAAGGGGAAGGAGCCGGAGGCCCCCGUGCUGUACGAAGACCCGCCGGAUCAGCUGACCUCCAAAGACGGGCGCGCCGCCAACAUGAAGAUCACCUCCUGGAACGUGGACGGCCUGCGGGCCUGGGUCAAGAAGAAGGGGCUGGACUGGGUGCGCGAGGAGGCCCCGGACGUGCUCUGCCUGCAGGAGACGAAGUGCGCUGAGAAGUCCCUCCCUGCUGACAUCACCUCCAUGCCCGAGUACCCGCACAAGUACUGGGCCGGUUCCGACGAAAAGGAGGGGUACAGCGGGGUGGCCAUGCUCUGCAAAACCGAGCCCCUGUCCGUCACCUAUGGCAUCGACAAGGAAGAGCACGACAAGGAGGGUCGCGUCAUCACGGCCGAGUUCCCCGACUUCUUCCUGGUCACGGCCUACGUGCCCAACGCCAGCCGGGGCCUGGUCCGCCUGGACUACCGCAAGACCUGGGACGAGGACUUCCGGGCCUACCUGAGCGAGCUGGACGGGCGCAAGCCGCUGGUGCUCUGCGGCGACCUCAACGUGGCGCACCAGGAGAUCGACCUGAAGAACGCCAAGGGCAACCGCAAGAACCCCGGCUUCACCCCCGAGGAGCGCGAGGGCUUCACCCAGCUGCUGGAGGCCGGCUUCGUCGACAGCUUCCGGGAGCUGUACCCGGAGCAGGCCAACGCCUACACCUUCUGGACCUACAUGAUGAACGCCCGCUCCAAGAACGUGGGCUGGCGCCUGGACUACUUCGUGCUCUCCAAGGCCCUGCUCCCCAGCCUGUGCGACAGCAAGAUUCGCGGCAAAGCCAUGGGGAGCGACCACUGCCCCAUAACCCUCCACCUGGCCAUCUAGCCACCCCCUCCCUCACCCCCCUUCCCCCCGGGUGCUCUGUGCUCCUAUUGGGUCCUCUUCCAUGCUUUCUCACCACGAGCACUUCCGGCAACCAAUCGGAAUGGGGCCGUUCGACCUAAAGCCCAACCCGUCAUAUUAUGCGAAACCCCGCCCACUUCCUGCUCCCGAGGCUCCGCCUUCCCUUACCUUUGUUUUCUCAUAGUGAUUAAACCCCGGGACUGUUCGUUUUAUCUGAGCUGCGUCUCCUAAACUGACGUGGUUGUGUCCCCAUCUUAUGAAUUGCUGUUUCCUACCUGAGAACUUUCAUCCAAUCCGAUCUGAGAUACUUCCUGCUGGCCCUUCUCGUUACUGAAGUGGUUUUUGCGCCUAUUAACCGGCACUGGUCCCACCCCUCUUGAUCAGGUUCACAGUCCCCGCGUGGAAAAUAAAAAACAUACUUAUUUCGGUUUUUAAGUAUACUGGCGACCUCUCGAGGAGAUGUCCGCAUGCGGCCAAUCAAGUCGCCUUCGCCACCGAAGGCGGUCCUGACAAACCGCGGUGAACGCUAACCGGCUUUCAGGUACCCGUUUCUGGUUUUGUCAAAUCAGUACCGAGUGCCCGAAAGCCGUCUUUUUUUGUGCCCUUUCUUUGCCCUUUACCCCCUAGGUCACAGUAGCAUUGUCUUCAGGUAGGGCUUCUGCUCUUAAAUGCACCAGGAGGGGCAUUUGCAGCGCCACUGGCAACCCACCUCCAGCAGUGCGAUGCAGUCUCCUUGUACUGGUAAAAGUGGCAAAGCUUACAAGCGGCCAUUUUGUUCCUUCCACCAUUUUAUAUGCUAUACAUUUACUGAAACUUGUCCAGCUUAAAUUUUUCAGAGGUGCUCAAGUGCCAUGUUUGUCUUUUUUAUUGAAAGGAAAGAAAUAAGCCCUGGAUGUCCCCCCCUUAAAGGACAUCUAGCGUCGUGUUAGCAUUUGGAAUUUCAUGCUAUAAGGCACGCUAGCACCUGGUCCGUCUCAUUUCUCUCUUCCCCAGAGUGACGCUGUUUAGCGUCAAAUGGUUAGCCCGGGGUCAUUUUCGGUGGUUCUUUUGUAUAUUACACUUGUCAUUUGUUUCGUGUUUUCAGGUAAAAUGAAUUUGAGCUACUGUAGGUGUGUUUGGGAACUAGAUGAUUUUUUUGGGUGUUGAACCAACCACUGUCAAACACUGCCAUAUUGACGUGGUUCGAUGGUAAGCGACCUGCUGCCAUUUGAUAUUAAAAUGUUGCCUGUAAGGGUGCCCAACGAUUUUCUGCCAUCAUAGUCAAUUUAAAAUGUGUAGAUGUGCUCUCCGAUGUCGUUUUCUUGGAAGCAGCAUGUAGAAGCUUGGUAGAUUGUUGGUUUUCAAUAAAGUUUGGUUUUGAUUUCUUUUAUUUUUAAAA